CUGCGCAAUGAGACUUGUAGCUCAUCCGCCAUUCCUGAGCCAAGUACUACUGGUGAAUUUGGCUGUCAACAAUAAACUUACUGCGCCGGGACACGGAGCGACGAGGUCGAGUGAAAGCUAGUCGUCGGCUUCGGUACCCUGUAGUCGCCCCGUCCCUCCCUGGAGAACUUUUUAAUGUGAAUAUAGAGCUCACGGACGAGGCAACCAUGUCCAAUCUCAGCAAAGGCAACACCAAGAAGGACACCAAAAUGAGGAUACGGGCCUUUCCUAUGACCAUGGAUGAGAAGUAUGUGAACAAUAUAUGGGACCUCCUCAAAAAUGCCAUUCAGGAGAUUCAGAGGAAGAACAACAGCGGCCUGAGCUUUGAGGAGCUUUACAGGAACGCCUAUACCAUGGUGCUCCACAAACACGGCGAGAAACUUUACACCGGACUGCGGGAGGUUGUCACUGAACAUCUGAUCAACAAAGUACGAGAAGAUGUCCUCAACUCCCUGAACAAUAACUUCCUCCAAACUCUAAACCAGGCUUGGAAUGACCAUCAGACUGCAAUGGUGAUGAUCCGGGACAUUCUGAUGUACAUGGACCGAGUUUAUGUGCAGCAGAAUAAUGUGGAGAAUGUCUACAACUUGGGUCUCAUCAUAUUUCGAGAUCAGGUUGUCCGCUAUGGCUGUAUCAGAGACCACCUCCGACAAACCCUACUGGACAUGAUCGCACGUGAAAGGAAGGGGGAAGUGGUGGACAGGGGCGCCAUCAGAAAUGCCUGCCAAAUGUUGAUGAUCCUCGGUCUUGAAGGCAGAUCAGUUUAUGAAGAGGACUUUGAAGCACCUUUCUUGGAAAUGUCUGCAGAGUUUUUCCAGAUGGAGAGCCAGAAGUUCCUCGCAGAAAACAGUGCGAGUGUGUACAUAAAGAAAGUAGAAGCCAGGAUUAAUGAGGAGAUUGAGCGGGUGAUGCACUGCCUGGAUAAAUCCACCGAGGAGCCCAUUGUCAAGGUAGUGGAGCGGGAGCUCAUAUCCAAGCACAUGAAGACCAUUGUGGAGAUGGAGAACUCCGGUCUGGUCCACAUGCUGAAGAAUGGCAAAACCGAUGAUCUGGCAUGUAUGUACAAGCUGUUCAGUCGAGUUCCAAAUGGACUGAAGACUAUGUGCGAGUGUAUGAGCUCGUACCUUCGGGAGCAAGGCAAGGCUCUCGUGUCUGAGGAGGGAGAAGGGAAGAACCCCGUGGACUACAUCCAGGGUCUACUGGACCUGAAGUUGCGUUUUGACCGAUUCCUCCAGGAAUCCUUCAGUAAUGACCGUCUCUUCAAACAAACCAUUGCUGGAGACUUUGAGUACUUCCUCAACCUCAACUCACGCUCGCCGGAGUACCUCUCACUUUUCAUCGAUGAUAAACUGAAAAAAGGAGUAAAAGGGCUGACAGAGCAGGAGGUGGAGUCCAUACUGGACAAGGCCAUGGUGCUGUUCCGCUUCAUGCAGGAGAAGGAUGUGUUUGAGAGGUACUACAAACAACAUCUGGCCCGCAGGCUGCUCACCAACAAGAGUGUCUCGGAUGACUCAGAGAAGAACAUGAUCUCCAAACUCAAGACCGAGUGCGGCUGUCAGUUCACGUCGAAACUGGAAGGCAUGUUCAGAGAUAUGAGCAUCUCCAACACCACCAUGGAUGAGUUUCGGCAACAUAUGCAGACCACAGGGGUGUCUCUCGGCGGCGUCGAUCUCACUGUGAGGGUGCUGACGACAGGUUACUGGCCGACACAGUCAGCAACACCCAAAUGCAACAUCCCUCCUUCGCCUCGACAUGCUUUUGAAGUCUUCAGAAGGUUUUAUCUUGGGAAGCACAGUGGCAGACAACUCACGCUGCAGCACCACAUGGGCUCCGCAGAUCUAAACGCCACCUUCUAUGGCCCUAUUAAAAAGGAGGAUGGGUCAGAGGUCGGUGUCGGCGGAGCGCAAGUAACUGGUUCCAACACCAGGAAGCAUAUCUUGCAGGUGUCCACCUUUCAGAUGACCAUCCUCAUGCUUUUCAACAACAGAGAAAAGUCCACCUUUGAGGAGAUCCAACAGGAGACGGAUAUUCCGGAGAGGGAGCUGGUACGGGCGCUGCAGUCGCUGGCCUGUGGGAAGCCCACCCAGAGAGUGCUCACCAAGGAGCCGAAGUCGAAGGAGAUUGAGAAUGGCCACGUGUUUACAGUCAAUGACCAGUUUACCUCCAAACUGCACAGGGUCAAAAUCCAAACAGUGGCUGCUAAACAGGGUGAGUCAGACCCAGAGAGGAAAGAAACCCGACAGAAGGUGGACGAUGACAGGAAGCAUGAGAUUGAAGCUGCUAUUGUUCGCAUCAUGAAGUCGAGGAAGAAGAUGCAGCACAAUGUCCUAGUAGCAGAGGUCACACAACAAUUGCGAGCGCGAUUCCUCCCCAGUCCUGUAGUCAUUAAGAAGCGUAUUGAAGGACUCAUUGAGAGGGAAUACUUGGCAAGAACGCCAGAGGACCGCAAGGUGUAUACCUAUGUAGCGUAAACCACGUCGAUUCAGUGCACCAUACAGUCGGGAGAAACAGCGAGCCUUGUUUUUGUGGACUGCUAUGCGUUUGAAUGAACUUGGAAGUGCUCUCAUCAUUGAUUCUGGGAUACACUGGGAAGUUAAACUUUUCUUCCAUAAAAAAUGUUAGGAGACAAAAAACAAAAUCACGCAACGGAUGGGGAAGUUUUCUAGCAAUAUUAGAUUUCUUCUGCUAACAGAAAUGACUGCAAGGUCUAGUUUUGUACAAAAGUUAUGUUUCUUGUGGCCUUUGGAGAGAAUUGUGAGAGCCUGUUUUGACCAAAAGGUUGAAGGAGGAGUGUUGUUGCUCGGUGGUUACGAAGCAAACGUGUUGUGGCUACACAGAGACUUAAGAAAGCUUUUGAAUUCACGCCCCAGUUUUAAUUGUAGAUGUCUGUGUUCUGUUUGUGUUUUGUGGCACAACGAUGGCUGUACAGACACUCUUUCCCCUCUCGGAGGAUGGGAAAUGGAGCAAAGAGGGCAAAGUGUUAACUGGCAUGCACUUGGCUUACGGUGAUGUCGGUCAAAUUCACUUUGAGUACUUGAGAAAACUUGACGAGUGCUUAAUUUAUUUUGCAAAACUAUCUGUUUCUGAGGUUGUUCAAUGCCUGGAAGUCAUUAAUUGCUCCUUCUCCUAUCCUGUUAAACGCCAUUGUCACAUACAAUAUUUUUCAGAGGCUAAACCACCGCACUUUUACCACCCGACUCCUUCGUGGGAAUAAGACCAAUUUAAAGAUCCAUAGAUGUUUUGGUCCAUCAUGACAUAUGACUCAGGCCUGUAUGAGUGACCACAUAAUAGCGGCUGCUCUCUGAAUGGCUACAUCCCUGUGGUGCAGGUUGCGAUGAGGUUUUUGUUUUGUUUUUUCAUUCUUGGUUGCAUUUUGAAUGGGUGGAACCUUACUUGCACCAUGUUCUAAUGUGUACAAAUUGUAAAAUAAUUAUUGUACUCACUGCAAAGGUGGAUUGUACAGGGCCUUGUUUUCAUCAUAAUAAAUGUAGAAUAAAACAGA